UCGAAUUUGAGAUAACACUUAUUUCAUGUAGUUCAAUCAGAUUAAUGAACUCAGAUCCAAUCAAUUAAAAUUAAAUGAACACAUUGUUCAAGAAAUUAUUCCUCUUUAAUUAAAGAUGGAAUUUAUUGAAACUGGAAAAAGUAAAGUAUGUAAUCGAAUUUUGUAGUUAGUGGAAUCCGAUCAAUCAUUCCACUUUUUUAGCAUCAUUUUUAUCCAAAAAUUGAUCAAUCAUUCCAAAUUUAGAAUUCACGAUUAUGGCAGAUAAAUCAAAUUCGAACCUGAACUCCAGCAACGACGACGUAGAUCGCUACCGUCGAGUAAACCAGGCAGUCGUCGACGUUGAAUUCACCUCCGACGAUGAAGGAUGGAGUUCCGAAAGCUUCGGAUCGUCGCGGUGGAGUGUGGCGGCGAGUUUACGUGAUCUUGCUGAGAGUAUGAUGAGGCGGGAAGUGGCGGAAUUGGAGAUGAUGAAGGUAAGGGAGGCGGCGAGGAUUGAGGCGGAGAAUCGGAGAUUGGAGAGGGAAACGGAGUUGACAGAGAUGUUGUUGAAGACUCAGUUGCAGAUUACGUCGUUUUUAUGUUCACGAACAAGUGAUCGGAAAAGGAAGCGGGAUGAAGAAGACGACGGUGUCUCGCCGGGCUCCGUUCAAAGGGAAGGAGCAAUGCUGCUAAGCUUACUUCAAUUCAAUUUAGGCAUGUGAAAGUGAAACCCAAAUGUUGUUGCAUCUCAUCACAUGCAUGUACAUGUACAUGCAACAUUUUAAUUUCAUUUUAUAUUUUGUGACCCAUCAAAGAAAUAAGUUUUUAUUUAUUAAUUAAUAAACCAAACUAAAAAUUCCAACUGUA